AUUUGCGAUGUAAUAAGGUUUUAUAGAGCUACAGCUCCGUGUGCAAGUAACUAGUUAUACGGCAAACUUGGAAUCGAAACAGUGGACUAUCGAAAGUGCCGCAUCCCAAUGAUGGAAUCCGAGGUAGAUUCCGAGCAAAGCAGGUUGAAGCGCGAGAUCGCCGAACUGCGCGCAGCGCUCCACCGGAAGGAGCAGUGCCUCCGGGAAUUGGAGGCCUCGGUUUCCAGCGACGCUAGUGCAGAGCAGCAGGUCGUCGGGAAUGCUCUGGAAUCGCCUGGACGUGCUGUCCACACCAAGUUGACCAACGACGAUAUUGCACGAUACAGCCGGCAGCUUAUACUGCCCGACUUCGGAGUCCAGGGACAACUAAAGCUGAAGAACAGCUCUGUGUUGAUUGUGGGCCUGGGCGGAUUGGGAUGUCCGGCGGCGCAAUAUUUGGCGGCAGCCGGAUGCGGACGCUUGGGACUCAUAGACUACGAUGAGGUGGAGCGGAGCAACUUUCACCGCCAGAUCCUGCACUCCGAGAGCCGUUGCGGCAUGUCCAAGGCUGAAUCGGCGAGGAUAGCGCUGCUCGAACUGAAUCCCCACUGCGAGAUCCAUUGCCAUUCCAGGCUGCUGUACAGCCAGAACGCCUUGCACAUCAUCCGUGGCUACGACGUGGUCCUGGACUGCAGCGACAAUGUGCCCACCCGUUAUCUACUCAGCGAUGCCUGCGUCAUGCUGAGGAAACCCCUCGUCUCCGGGAGUGCACUCAAGAUGGAUGGCCAGCUCACCGUUUACAACUACGGUAAUGGACCUUGCUACAGGUGUAUCUACCCAGUGCCUCCGCCACCGGAAGCAGUCACCAACUGCGGAGAUGGUGGCGUACUGGGUGCAGUCACGGGCACAAUUGGAGCUAUGCAGGCACUUGAGGCCAUCAAGGUGAUUGUGGGACUGGGAGAUGUCCUCGCCGGACGCCUCCUAAUCUUCGAUGGCAAGUUCUGUGGCAUGCAUGCAACCGACAAGGACAAUCCCUUGCAACUGUUGUCGACGGAUGAGCGUUUGUCCGUGAAGGACUACCACGCGAAGCUGCAGGCUCAACCACAUUUGCUUAUCGAUGUGCGACCAACGGCGGAGUUCGAGAUUUGCCAGCUGCCUCAGGCUGUGAAUGUGCCACUGGUAGAGAUCCUAGACGACAGCUAUCUUAAGCGGUUUGGCAAGCAGUUUGAGGAUAGGGAACUGCCCAUCAUCCUGCUCUGUCGUCGUGGAAAUGAUUCCCAGAUCGCCGUUCAGCAUGUGCGCAAUCGAUUCCCCAUGCAUUCCGUGAGAGACCUGAUUGGUGGACUGCACGCCUGGACGAACAGCGUAGACCCCGGUUUUCCCAUAUACUAAUCCGACGAAUGUUGUACGUAGAUAUAUAUGUAGAUUUAUUCUUGUUUUCUCCUGCAUUGCAUUGGUUUUUUUGUAUUUACCCAAGUUUUACGUCUGACUUGUUAUCACAAAUACCAAGCUGGUGUAAUAAAAUGAAUAAUUCAGUU